CUCGCACUCCCACUGGCAUUUGUCGAUUAGUAGUAUCCCAAUUCAUGCCACUUGUAGGGGCCAUCGGCCAGAGAUUCAGCAUGUCCUCAUCAUACUCGGACCCCAGAUUCUUAUUGGGAUUAUACCAGAGCACAGAUCAGAUCUUUGACUGGCCAGGCACAAACUUACAACCAAAGCGCCCUCCCUGAGAACGAAGGAUGAUUCAUGCAAGCGCUUCGCCCCCAUUCCCAGAGUCUAGCUUAUCUCCAAUAAUGGCGACAUGGAACGUCGUGGGCGAGAUUGCGAAUGUUGGCGGCGUUACUUCCAUAGUUCAACUAUCUCUGCAAGUCAUCCUUGCAGUCAACAGCUAUGCUUCAUCCGUUGCAGGGGCAGAGACUGCACGUAUGAGCCUUCACAACGAACUCACUUCCAUCAACAAAAUCCUCAAUCAGAUAUUUUUCCUCGCUCAACAUUCCAGUCCUGACACGUCGACGCCCGAAAAUGACUCGUCUCCUCUGGACAGCGCAUUAAAGGAGUGCGAGAAAGCCUUACAGGAUCUUCGUGACUGGAUACCGGAGAACAAGCGCCGGUCGUUAUUCGGCGCAAAGCUAGCUUGGCCAUUCAAGGAAGCUGAUAUUAUGAAGGCUGUUGUUAGAUUGGAGCGUUGUAAAAGUACCCUUUCGUUAACGAUUUCUGGCGCCCUCUUGUCAGAUAUGAAGGAGCUGAAAGCUUUAACCAAGGAGAUUCAUGUGUACGCAAAGACUGAGGCAGCAAACAUCAAGCAGGCCAGUGAGGUCGAAUACCUACUUCACCCACUUCUUAAGAGAAAUCAUUAUCUCUACUUCGACACGUCUCAUUCAGCCUUUGCGCCAUCGAGCACAGUCGACAUGGCCAUGGUUCCUGAGGAGAGGCUACAGAUGCCUGCCACGACACCAACCAUCACCAGCAUGCGCAUCAUACACGAUGCUAUUCCUGAAUGGCCUAUCGACCUUGACUUCGAUUCGGACGCUCCUAUAACGGUCGGCGAUGUUCUGAGGAUGAUCCAUUCUUCUCUACACCUCCAAAUUUCUCACUCCAACUGGGCCCUGCUAACUCAGAGUGAGGAAACCGAGAUUGCGAGAGCAUAUACCGCCAGAUACAGGAGCAUCCCUUCCUCGGCUGAGCUCGAGGCAAGCGAAGGAGUCAAACGUGUUGAUUAUUUGAUGGGCAAACACAUCUUUAAGGGACUUGUCAAAGCUCCGGACGCGGAUGGUGUCUGCCACUGGAAGAUGAUCACGUCACGGUGAAGGUUGUCUGCCCCACUUUCUAUUCCCUUUGUCGACCCUUUACGAUGAAUAUGUUAGGAACAUUCAUAUUGACUUGGUACAAGUAUGGACAUCCCCUAUAUGUAUCUAGGUUCAAACUAUGUAGAAUAUCUCUAUUGGUUUUUUGGCUGGCUCGUGUUGGGCUCGUGAG